GAGUGGAAGACCGGAUUCCGCUAAAACCCUCGACAGAAAUAAAAACACGAAGCCAGAAGAAGAAGAAGAAGAAGAGGAUGGAGUUGCAGUCAGCUUGUUGUAGGCUUCACGCACCAAACAUCAGAUUAUCUUCUAAUCAACGUUCGCUUUCUUCUCAAACUGUUUCUCCUUCGUUCUCUGUCUGUUCCGAGACAUCUAGAAGCCAUGUCGGGUUCAAGGACCGAAGACUUUGGCUCCAAAAUGCAUACAAAUUUAAUUUGCUUGGUGGUUUGAAGAGGACAAGAAGGGACUCUUCUGGUUGGAGCUUCAGUAAAGGAGGAAUUGUUGUAUGUGUUUUCAAUUCUAAUCAGGACGGGAAGUUGAAUUUCUCAGGAAAGGACGUGACGAAGUUGCGUGUAAAUGGGGUUGAUGAACCGGAACCUUUUCGUGGUAAAUCAGGUUCUGUGUCAUUUCAUGGUUUGACUCACCAGUUGGUUGAAGAAGGUAAAUUGGUAUCGGCCCCUUUCAAGGAAAGUACUGGCUCCUUUCUUUGGAUUUUGGCUCCUGUUGCGUUGAUUUCGUCGUUGCUGCUUCCACAGUUUUUCCUUAUCACAGCAAUAGAUGCCUUUGCCAAGGAUGAGAUUCUCUCAGAAAUUCUGGCUUCAUUCUCUUCUGAGGUCAUGUUUUAUAUUGGUCUUGCAACUUUUCUACUUGUAACCGACCUUGUUCAGAAGCCAUAUCUGCAAUUCAGCCCAAAGAGGUGGGGCCUCAUCACAGGCCUCAGAGGGUACUUGACAUCUGCAUUCUUCGCCAUGGGCUUUAAGGUUAUUGCUCCUCUCUUUGCUGUCUAUGUUACUUGGCCAGUACUUGGGUUGCCAGCCUUGGUUGCAAUAGCUCCUUUUCUUGCUGGGUGUCUAGCUCAGUUUGUGUUUGAAAUGUGCCUUGACAAACGUGGAUCAUCUUGUUGGUUUCUAGUGCCUAUAAUCUUUGAGGUCUACAGACUCUAUCAGUUGAGCAAAGCGGCUAAUUUCAUUGAGAGGUUGAUGUUUGCAAUGAAGGGGGUUCCUGUAACCCCAGAUGUGCUGGAAAGAAGUGGUGCCAUGGUUGCUAUGCUAGUGGCUUUCCAAGCCAUUGGUGUCACUUGCCUUUGGUCAUUGAUGACAUUUCUUCUGAGGCUAUUUCCUUCUAGACCUGUGGCAGAGAAGUACUGAUAUUUGUAACAAAGAUGCUGUAUAUUCUGUUUCAAAAUGUUUUUACAAUCUUUCAAACCCUGCCCUUUGUCACACUUGGUUUUGUUUUAUAAAGUAUUGGGUACUCUACAUGGUAACCUUCUGGUUUUUA